CUCUCUCUCUGUCUCUCUCCCAGUGUGGAGCUGGAGCAGGAGGAGCGCGGCUGUGCGGCUCCACACUUCGGGAUCACAGGCUCUCCGGGGCGGUAGAGAGUCCACGGCACGACCGCUCAGGUUGACUCCCAGUGCUUUCGGUCCCUCGCUGCUCCAUGGACGCACCGGCAGCCUCGACAACAUGCCCCUCUGAACGCUCACACACGCCGUCUUUUGUUUAGCCUGAGCGGUGGGAGAGAGGGGAAAAGUCUGCAGGAUCACUUUCCAUAUUCUCCGCGGAGGUGAGUCGAGCGUAAAAGGGAUUUUUUUUUUCUCCUCCUCCUCCUCUUCUUUUUUCUUUUUUCGCCUCUCGCAGUCCCCUGACUUUUUUUUAUUUUUUUCCCUGGAAAAGGAAGCGGUGCUGUUUGCCCCGGGUCUACCUGCACCGCACAGCACCCAUGAAUUCAGAUAAAAAUGUGUACCUCGGCAGAGACAAAGGCAUCAUGCGGAAGAGAGCCCUGCUCCUUCGGAAAGGUUGCAGCUUCGAGAUUACCAGCUCUGCCUCGGAGGACCUGGGCUGCAGGCGUGGAGACUUCAGCAGGAAACACUAUGGGUCGGUGGAGCUGCUGAUUUCCAGUGACGCAGAUGGGGCUAUUCAGAGGGCAGGACGCUUCAGGGUGGAGAAUGGCUCAUCGGAUGAGACUUCGGACUACACUCCAGGAACCUGGAGGAGAACCGAUGUCCAUCUGGAGAAUCCAGAGUACCACACCAGAUGGUUCUUCAAAUACUUCCUGGGAAAAGUCCACCAGAACUAUGUGGGUACAGAUGCAGACAAGAAUCCCUUCUACCUGUCAGUCGUCCUCUCGGACCAGAACAACCAGCGGGUUCCUCAGUACAGAGCCAUCCUCUGGAGAAAGAUGGGGACUCUGAAGAUCAGCCUCCCGUACAGCCCGACCAAAACACUAUCGGUCAAGUCCAUCCUCAGUGCAAUGAACAUGGACAGGUUUGAGAAAGGCCCCAGGGAGAUCCUCAACCCUGAGAUUCAGAAGGAUCUGCUGGUGCUGGAGGAACAGGAGGGUUCUGUCAACUUCAAAUUUGGUGUCCUUUUUGCCAAAGACGGACAGCUCACAGAUGACGAGAUGUUUAGCAACGAGACGGGGAGCGAGAGCUUUGAUAAGUUUCUCAAUCUGCUGGGUGACAACAUUACGCUGCAGGGAUGGGCAGGAUACCGCGGAGGGCUCGACACCAAGAAUGACACUACAGGAAUUAAGUCCAUCUACACAGUGUAUCAGGGCCAUGAGCUAAUGUUCCAUGUGUCCACCAUGUUACCCUACUCCAAAGAGAACAAACAGCAGGUGGAAAGAAAGAGGCACAUUGGAAAUGACAUUGUCACCAUAGUAUUCCAGGAAGGGGAUGACGCAUCGUCAUCCUUCAAACCAUCGAUGAUCCGAUCGCACUUCACCCAUAUUUUUGCAUUAGUUAGGUAUAAUAGCCAGAAUGACAGUUACAGGUUGAAGAUUUUCUCAGAGGAGAGCGUUCCACUGUUUGGACCCCCUCUCCCAUCUCCAUCUGUAUUUACUGAUCACCAAGAAUUCAGGGACUUUUUAUUAGUCAAAUUAAUCAAUGGAGAGAAAGCCACACUGGAGACGCCAACGUUUGCCCAGAAGCGUCAGCGGACCCUCGAUAUGUUGAUCCGCUCGCUCUACCAAGACCUCAUGCCUGACCUACACAAGGUUCCUUUUUCUCCCCAGAACAUGUUAAAUCGACGGUCAUUCAGCGACGUCCUGCCCGAGUCUCCAAAAUCAGCACGCAAGAAGGAGGAGGCACGGCAGGCUGAAUUUGUCAGGAUAGGGCAGGCCCUGAAGCUGAAGACCAUUGUGAGAGGAGAUGCCCCGACCAGUCUUGUUACCACAGGCCUGUGCAGAAAAGAGCCAUGGGAGUCCCAGUCGUUCUGCAGCACGUUCCCCUAUGAGAUCGUGUGCGCCGACUCCUGGGGUCAGUCUCUGCUGGUCGCCACCGACGCAGCGGGGGUCAUGCUGCUGGAUGGCCCAGAUCCAGCUUCAUCCAACGCUGAGACGCAGGCUCUGCCUCCGGUGCAGGUGUUCGACAAAACCAUGGUGGUGAAGCAGAUGCACGUUCUCGAGCCUCAGGACCUGCUCAUCACCAGGGCCGACAAAGGGAAGGACGCUCGGGUCUAUGUGUUCAGACUCAACACGCUCAAGAGAGGCCUGGAGGAGAAGCAGCUCGUCAGGAGCAAGUGUGACAGUCGGGAAAAUAAACUGGAGAAAACUAAAGGCUGUCAUUUGUACUCUAUCAACACCCACCACGGCUCCGAGCUGAGGAUUGUAGCAGCCAUCAGGAACAAACUCCUCCUCAUCACCAGGAAACAACCGCGCUCCGAGGGCUUCAGCGCCGUCUCCGCGGGACCAGACUCGCCAGUGGAGGAGUUCCAGUACAUACGGGAGAUCUGUCUGUGUGACCCUCCGGUGGUGAUGGCGCUGGUGGACGGGCCGACGGGGGAAAAUGACAACAUGAUCUGUGUGGCCUACAAACACCAGUUUGACCUGAUCAAUGAGAGCACUGGAGAUGCCUACCGGCUACAUCACGUAGACGCCAACAGGGUAAAUUUUGUAGCAGCCAUUGAUGUGUAUGAAGACGGCGAGGCGGGUCUGCUGUUGUGUUACAACUAUAGUUGUUAUUAUAAGAAAGUUUGUCCGUUUAACGGCUCCACGCCCAUGAUCCAGUCCAACACCUCUGACUUCCACUUCAGCUGGAACCAGAUGCCCAACGCUAUUGUUUGUGCAUUUCCUUACAUCCUGGCCUUCACAACGGACUCCAUCGAGAUCCGACUGGUGGUGAAUGGCAACCUCGUGUACACCGCAGUGGUUCCAGAGCUACAGUUGGCUGCUUCACGGUCGGACAUCUAUUUUGUUUCGUCGGCUCCAGUCAGCUCGGCCUCCAACUGCAGUUCAAGAGAUACCAGCUCCCAGAGUUCCCCGCAGACGCCCACCGGCUACGAGAUGCCCGUGUUCCCCUCGCCGCUCGGUGAUGAUUCAAUACGGAUCCCCUAUGGUACCAAGCUUUCCCUGUACAUGUCUAAGGAUGCCGAAGGUGAAGCAGCAUGUAAGCACAUGUUCAAGAUCCCUCUGUGUAACUUGGUCGGCCGCAGCAUUGAGAGACCCCUCAAGUCCCCGCUGGUCAACAAGGUUAUGACGGCGCCGGCUCCCACCAUGGUGCCACCGACUCCCCUCAUCUCUGCAACACACUCACUGUCCCUGUCACGCAUGGAAAUCAAAGAGAUAGCCAGCCGCACACGGAAGGAGCUGCUUGGCUUGACAGAGGAGCCAAGUGGGAAGCCGGACAGUGGAACAGUCAAACAGAGGAAGAUGAGCAAGAAGAACACUGAGGAGGAGCCCAAAGCGCGAGCACUGACGUCAACAAACAGCGACAGGUUAGAGUCAGAGUCCUUUGACGCAGACCUGGACGUCCAGCUGCAUUGUUCGUCCAGUUCGGAGGCUGAGCCAGAGAAGGCGCUGCUGCUGGGGGAGAGCCCGCCUCUCGCCAGCGCGUUUGUCCUCUCUACAUCCUUCGAAGAAGAUGUCCUGGACCUAAAGUGAAGACAAUCCCAUCGUGCACUUCUCUGCCCACCCACUCCUGUACUGUCACCAUUAUUUUUAUUGUUUUGUUUUGAAUCCUUUGUUCUUGUUGGUUUUUUUGUUAGUUUGUUUGUUUGUUUGUUUGUUUGUUUUAUAUCUACGGUCUCUCCAGUCAUUGGACAAGAUGGGUGCAUUGGGAGUUAGAAGCCGUGUCCGUGAGCCUGUCAGUCUUCGCGAGCUGUCGCUCAGCCGCUGUGUGUUGGGUGUUUGUGUUGCCCCGCACGAAAAAUACCCAAAGAGGCGAUGAGGUCAUGUCAGAUGCCGUGGUUUAUUCGGAGUUCUGCAAUGUUUUUCGAGACAAUGUAAACGGUUUGAUCCCAAACCUCAAACUGAAUGUAAAUCUACACAUUGAGGCACGGCUAAAGCCCUCGCGUUCACAAUGCCCUCGGAAGUUGCUAGAGCUUAAUAUGUGUUGUAUAUUAUGUGAUUAUUUCCAAUCCACUUUCAAAUGUUGUAAGAUAUGCAUAUGUGUGUGUGUACAUCUGUUUAUACAUGGAAAUGCAUACACAGUGACAGGCAUGUGUGCUUGUCAUGCCUGUGAUGCAUAUUUAUAGAUAUAUUAUAAAAAUCCAUUUUAUUCCCAUAUUUAGUAAAAGUAUGAUGUUUUAUGCUGUCUGCACAUGUUAGUCCUUAUUCUUCUCCUCAGUCACAGCACACAGGUAGACAGGGCUGGAGGCAAAGUCUCCCACAAGUGCCAUUUCCCAUCAUCCUUCACUGAACUACACCUCGAACAGCCACAGCACUCUGGUGUCUGACAGUAGCAGCCAUGAUUGUAGUCAACGUUAGUUUACUACUGUGACCCACAGCUCCGUUCAUUCACGAUACCGGAGGUACGCUCGCAAAGUCACAUGUGCUAAACAUUUCACGCCCUCAUAAGAAUGAGGCGACAUCAAAUCUGCAUGAGCCGCCUUUGCUACGAGUAUUCUGAGCCAAACCAUUGGCUUCUUUGGAAAUCAUGAGGUCUGCAACAUGAUACCAAACAUUAAGAGCGUGAAGCAAAACACAACCCGAGACAACAAAAAGGCACAGGAAGGGAAUAAGUUUGAGACAAAAAUCUAAAAGAUCUGAAAAUGGUCAAAGUACAAUUUUGUCGGAAAAUAAAAAAUGAGCCAACACUAAUCAUGACGCUAAAGUAGAAUUAAAAAACAGAAUUGGUAACUAUGACCGAGAAGCAUGUAAAAUUGAGAAACUUUUUAAAACAAAUAUUUGGGAUCAGCACUCCAUAGGACCAGGCAUUUAGAAUAAAUGUUUUCUGUAAUUUGAAAUCUUAGACCUGCUGUUUUGAUUCUAGACGUCCUGUAAAAGACCGACUCACAGCUGGAACCACUGGUGUCCAGCUAUUGGCCAAUUCUGCCGACAUCUGUGCUUUUUUAUUUCCCCAUUUUAACCAUUAUAAGUCCUUUGACAAGCAGCUAAACGUGUCUUUAAACCCAACAAAGACACAUAGUUAAAAUUACUGAUCAAUAACCAAACAUUUGAUUCAUUAUACUCACAUGUUUUUGUUCAGAUCCUGGUUUAGACUUCCCAACUGAUCAUCAUUCAUUCAAUAUCAAAGUCAUGAAACAAGUUUAGUGCAAGUAUUUUACUUUGAUAAAGUUGGAUGAGACAGAUUAAAGAGAUUAAAAGAGCAGCACAGACUAAAAUAUUAUGACUGUUAGUAAUAAAUGGGUCCCACAUUUCCCAUAAUACCCCUCAUUAGAUCCGUUCCCUUGACCUCCUCUGCCUUCUCAACGCCCACUUCUUUCCCAAUGCUUUCUUACCAGUUUGCAACGCAGGCUUUCUUUUGACAGAAAGUCCUGCGUCCAGUUAUCGUUAUUAUGGAUUUCUGACUGGAGAUAAAAUUCAUCUAAAUACAACUGGGAAACUCUGAUUUCUCUAAAAGUUCCAAUAUAUCAGACUUGUCAUUUAUUAAUACAUAAGUACACAAGUAUCUGAAAAGAUAACUAAUAAGGAUGACUCACAUCAGCUAAAGAUGUUGUGUUAGAGUUUGAUAGAGUUAUCUUGUCAAUAAACAGUAUUUUAGUCCUUACACAAUCACCUGUUUACUCAUAUUACCAAAUCUUUCCAUGAUGUUCCAUUCACACGUUGUUGGCAGAGAUUAAGAAAACAGCCUUUAUUCUGACCUGGAAGUGCUCACACCUCAUGAUUUACAUAUUUUUAUAUGGUGCUUUUCCCUCAGACAAACUCGUGUUGUGUCACCAGAUAAACAGCUUUUGUUGUGCUUCUUAUUUGUAGCAGUUUGUUACCAAGGGAAACCAACAAACUUUAUGGAUCCAAUAAAACUACUCUGGAUCUUAUUUUUAUCACUAAAUUAGAGAUACCAGCGUCAGACUCCUGUUAUCUAUGACUGACGUGAGCCUUUUCGCCUCCAGGCCGCUCCUAAUUACGAUUUAAACGAUGUGACGUCAGCCCGGCACAAGUCUCGAGCCCAAACUGAGAUAACCCUCAGCCCUUUAUUACGGUUAUUUUCUUUUCUUUAAUUAAGAGAAGAAGAAAAAAAACUCCAAUGGUAACCACAGAAAACAUUAUCUGACUUUGUUUCCACAGGCAGAGUAGUGCUCGUCAUGGCAGUUAAACAGAACCAGUGGAGGGCCCCUUUAAAGUGAAAGGAAUUAUAAAAACAUACAGUUAAAGGUGACUAAAGCCAUUACUACCAGGGUUUCUAGAGGUUUAUCUCCCAUGUGGCUCUGUUUGAGCAAACAGCACUGCAGCCACACAGGUCACAUGUAAACAGUUUCCUGAAAUCACCUCAGAAGUGGCAGAAGCUCACAGGGAUUGAAAAGUUUGCUCUCGGUCUCAGAUCACUCAUACAAAUACACGUUUUCUCCACUGAGAGCGUUGAAUCGGUCGUGUGUGUCUGAAUCUGAAGAUGAAACUCUAUUUUUUGAGUAAAUAACAGAAAGUCAUUAAAACCACAUCAGAAAGCUUAGAGGGUAAACAAGCUUGGGAGCAGUGGUACUGCCUACAUGCUACCUGUCUGUAUGAGAGCGCCUCCAUGUGGCUGUUUCACAACACAGCAGCCUUCACAUCCUGCAUGAGCCUCCUUCCAUCCUCCCUUUUCCCCUCCUCUCAUUGUUUCCAAUGUUCUCCUCCUGCCUGUGUCAGUGUGAACCGUCCAACACUUUGACGAACUCAGAAAACUUAAAAGGGAAGAUGAUGAUGAUGAAGGGAGUGUAGGUUUUUUUUAAGGAAAUGUACUUAAAACUUUAUUGCUCUGGGUGAGUGAUCGGGGGAAACACUGUUUCUCUUAUUUAAUUUUUCUCCUCUAUUUCUGCCCUUGUUUCUACCUCCCCUUGGCAUUUUCACUGUUUGUUUUGUUUGUUUAUUUUUUUUUGGUUUGUUUAUUUUUUUUGUAUUUGAACCUAUAUUUACUGUUUAGACUGUUGCUGAACCUCUCUGUGAUAUCAAAAUGAAAGAAAAUGAACAAAAAAAACACCAAGUGUCUUAAAAUAUUGUAUUGCCAUCGUUUUUAAUGCCAAGUACUACUUGUAAAUGUUUGUGUAUCAAAUGUGGCCUCAAAUGAAACUGAACUAUAUUAUUAUUAUUAUGAUUAUUCUUAUUAAUAUUAUUUGAGCAUUUAUUUUAAACAAGUGCUGUAGACCACUGCUGUGAAAGUAGUUGAUUCUGUUCAUUGAUAUGUAAUAAAUAUUUAUGAAAUUUAAA